GGGAUAUAUUGUCGUCACCACAGCGGUUUGCGCUUGCGCAUACGCCGCCUCAGCUCAAUUCAAUAAAAAUCGCGUCUUUCCCUCUCCUCUCCCUCGUACCCUGCUAGGGUUUUUCGCGCCCGAAGAGGAGGCGAGGAGAGAGACCCCGUUAGGGUUUGUGUGUGUGUGUGUGUGUGAGAGAGAGAGAGAGAGAGAGAGAGAGAUCGGAGACAUGGGGGGAAAGAAGGACAAAUCGGAGGGCCUCGGCCGAGCCCUAAUUCGCAACCACAACAAGAUGGCGCGGGAGGCGAAGGAGAAGGGCCUCGCCGCCGCCGACGCCCGCCGCCGGGGGGCCCUCGAGUCCGUCAUCGACGUCAGCGACAUCGACGCCAUCGUCCAGAGGGCCGACGAGGCCGACAACGCCCUCCUCAUCCCCUCCUCCUCCUCCUCCUCCUUCGCCAACAGCGACGCCGACAAUCUCCUCAUCAAUCUGGACGCGAGCUCGGAUACGGAGGAGAUGACGCCGGAGGAGCGGCUGCAGGCUCGGAAGGAGGAGGAGGCCCUGCACGCGAGCAGCCUUAGGGUUCCGCGCAGGCCGCCUUGGAAUGCUCGGAUGUCGGUGGAAGAACUCGACGCCAACGAACGGCGGGCGUUCUUGGAGUGGCGCAGAAAUCUCGCGAGAUUGCAGGAGAAUAAAAAGCUUGUCCUUACUCCCUUCGAGAAGAAUCUUGAUAUCUGGAGACAGCUUUGGCGAGUGCUUGAACGGAGUGACCUGCUGGUAAUGGUGGUCGAUGCUCGGGAUCCUUUGUUCUAUCGGUGCCCUGAUCUUGAGGCAUACGUAAGGGAAAUCGAUGAACACAAGCGAACAUUGCUUCUUGUUAAUAAGGCCGACCUUUUACCUCUAAACAUCAGAAAAAAAUGGGCAGAAUACUUCCACUGCCAUGAUAUACUCUUUGUAUUUUGGUCCGCGAAAGCUGCUUCUGCUGCUCUGGAGGGCAAACAGUUGAAAGGCCACUGUUAUGAAGAUAAAUCCCUAACAUCAAAUUUGGAUACCAAGAUUUAUGUCAGGGAUGAACUCUUGCUCCGAUUGCAAACUGAAGCUGAGGCUAUCGCAGCGCAAAGGAGGGUUGCUUCAUCCACCAAGAAAACCCUAGCAUCAAAUUCUUCACAAUCUAGUUCUGUAAGUCCGACAGCUAAGCACGUAGUAGUAGGGUUUGUUGGUUAUCCUAAUGUUGGGAAAAGCUCUACAAUAAAUGCCUUAGUGGGUGAGAAGCGUACGGGUGUCACUUCAACUCCAGGCAAGACGAAGCAUUUUCAAACACUGAUAAUUUCUGAAGAGCUUGUUCUUUGUGACUGCCCUGGUUUAGUCUUCCCUUCAUUCUCCAGCUCGAGGCACGAUAUGGUCGCCUGCGGGGUAUUGCCGAUUGAUAGGAUGACGGAACACAGAGCAGCAGUUCAGGUUGUAGCAAAUCGGGUUCCGAGGGAAACACUGGAGAGGGUUUAUAAUAUCUCGUUGCCCAAACCAAAACCCUACGAGCCGCAGUCUAGACCGCCUUUGGCUUCAGAGUUGCUGCGUGCUUACUGCUCAUCCCGUGGGCAUGUCAGUUCAAGUGGGUUGCCGGAUGAGACUAGGGCAGCUCGGCAAAUCUUGAAGGAUUACAUAGAUGGAAGGCUCCCACACUUCGAAUUGCCUCCCGGAGUAACUGAUGAGGAUUUGGAAGAAGGGGAGAACCAUGGACUCGAAGGCCCUUGCUCCUUGACGAGUGAGGAGCCGGAUUCACACAAUUCCGGCGAUGAGAAUGAACCCUAUUCAGACUCUAUUAAGUUUGAUGGGAAUAAUCCGAACAUUGAGGAUGUUUUGGAUGAUCUCGAGUCAUUUGAUUUGGCGGGUGAGAUUAACUCUAAGAAUGCUGCAGCGGUCAAGAAGAAGAACAAAGGGACGUCAGACAAGCAUCAUAAAAAGGUGCAGAGGAAGAAAGAUAGAUCGUGGAGGGUCGGAAAUGACAACGCAGACGGAAUGCCGGUGGUGAGGGUGUUCCAAAAACCUGCUGUGAAUUUUGCUGCAAUUAGUGCUAAUAAGUAGGCCAAAUGAGAGCAAAUACCUCCUGAGUGUGGGGGCCAAGUGGUGUUUAUGCAAUGAUAAUGUUUUUGACCUAAAACCUGGGUCCUGCUUCUCUUUGUUUGGCACUAUUUAUGUGUAACUUGUAUUUAUUUUAGAUGAGAAAAUAACUGUUUUGGGUGGCUUUGAGCUGCUUUCAUCAGAGUUUGGCAUUUAUGUUUUGUUAACUACUA